AUGUCUAAAAUACCAAGCCAGAAGGUGGUCAUUGUCGGAAUCGACGCAAAUGAAUCCGAUGUGCUAGGAAAAUGGUACUAUGCAGCGGAGCGCACGUCGGACAACGGUGACCGUCUGGUCGACUUGUGCGAACAGACGGGCCUCAUCAUCGCUUCCAUGUUUGAGAGGAAUCAUCGACGCCAUCAGCUCACGUGGCAGGGGUCAACCUUUUUAACGCCUGAAAAGCAGCGCAAGCGGAAGAUCUUAAACUUCAGUUCGACUACGUUCUGGCGAGGAACAUUCCUCAGUCAGAUAUGCGAAAAUAUAGAGCUGCUUGGGACGUCGCGUUCGACUCUAACCACCGUCCAGUUCUUCUCAGCUUCAGGAUACGGUUCCACCAGAGAAACCGAAGAGUUCCUCUUCAACCGAAAAUCGACAUGCCAGGUCUGA